AUGAGAACGGCGAGCACUUCCACUGUGACCUCUAGUGUUAAAAGAAAAUAUGCUUCCGAAGCGGCUCCGGAGAGCUCUACUUUCUCAGUCUUGGGCGAUAAUGGUGAGGUGGAAAUCUCGGAAGAGGAGUAUGCUACCUCCAUUGAACACGGCCGGUCGUUGCAUGAGCCCAACUACCACCCACGCACCCAUGGUAUCCCAGCGGCAACCAUCCAUCUUCGUUCCUACCACAUUUCCCUCCUUCAACUUUUUACUCACUUCGUCGCACACGCUGCCGCGGCUCUGGCGAUUCCAAUAUCGAAGCCUGUGCCGCUACCUAUCCAACGCAGCCUGUGGACGGUCCUCAAGGGUCCAUUCGUGCACAAGAAAGCGCAGGAGAAUUUUUCCCGUAAGACGCACAAGCGAGUCAUCAAGGCCUGGGACACCGACCCCGAGGUCGUCGAGCGGUGGGUGCGAUACCUGGAGAAGCAUGCGUUGGCGGGUGUGGGUAUACGGGUCGUGAGGUGGGAGCGGGCACCUGUAGGUGUUGGAAAGAAAGUCUCGGAUACUGUCAAGGCUGCAAUGGAGAAUGCGAAGCUCCAGACACCCAAGGGACAGGUCGAAGCUCUCGGAGGAAAAAUUCUUGAGCAAGAGCUUGCUACUGCCAGCAAGGAACAGAUUCUUGUUCAGCAGCCGGAGCCUGUUGAAUCUGCGUAG